AUGGCGUUCCGGAGGAUCCGGAGGGCCGCAGCCGGAUACGGGCGGAUUCGCUUGGGCGACGCAGCGCCAUCGGGCCGCCCGGAGGAGCUGAGGCGGAUAUUCGCAGCACGGGCGGACGUGGUGCAAAAAGUGUUCGCGCAUCGGGCGGUGGCACGGGCAGCCGCCGCAGCCAGAGAGUGGCAGAAGCGGCUGGAUGAGGCCGAGGCCGAAGAGGCGGCAAUAUGGGCACAGCCGGGCCCUCCGGAGCAGCCGCCGUCGCUGUCGCAGCCACCGCCACCACCGUUGCCGCCGCGGGCAGCACCGCCGCCACCGCCACCGCCGUCGCCGGAGCAGGAAGCAGCGGAAGGAGGAAAAGAACUGGAGGGCUCAGUCGAGUCGAUGAGGAAGACUCUGGGAGACUUCGUCGACCAGAUGGCAGAGGAGCCGGACAUCGACGAUUUGGUAACGGGCCUGGAAAAGAAAUUUCGGAAAAUGCCCACGCCAAAAUUCAAGCUCACAACCGCAAGUGCCGAGGGCCUGAUAGCGAGCUUGGAUGUGUUGAGCAUCGCAAGCCACGCAAGCUGGCAGCGGGAGAAUAGCCGGGAAAGAAAGGAGAGUUCCAGGACGCACACACAGGACUACGCGAAGGUGGCCAAUCAGGUCCGGGAGUAG